GAAAAGUGGAAUUCUUACUCACUCUGCCUGGCGCUUGUUUAGGUCAGUUGAUAACGAUUUUACUGCUGCUCUCAUGUGGUUUAUCUGCUUCUUGGCCUGCUGCUUGACAGCAGGGCAAGACAGAAAUGCAAAACUCACGAGGAAACUAACAAAGAAAGUGAACAGGUACACCUUGGCUCAGCUAUGGAGAAAACUGAACUCUUUAGGAAUAAAUGUGGCUGAAGAUAAACUUAGGAAGGAUGAACAAUCCAUGAGGAAUCUCCGGAUGCUCCUCAUAACAGAACUUGCGAUGGCUGAACUUUAUAAGACAGGAACUGAACUAAAAGGAAAAAGGAAGAAAAAAUCUGACGCAGACGCUGAGAACGGAAAUGUGACCAAUGGUGUCCAAACCAUCACUGCAGCAGAAGGAGAGCUGGAGGAAGUAAAGAUUGUCAUCACUCCUCAGGGACUGCGUGUGGCGCUUGCUGAGACAGAGGUACAACAGCUGGUGGACAUGGACACAAUGGCAAUAGAGAAUGUGGAAAACGGUGCAGGAGAACGUGCUGGGGCUCUGGGGGUUGAGAAGCAGGCAGGAGAGACCAUACGCCGGGCAGAUGGUCCCGUUCUGCUUCGCCUCCCUGCUGCCCCUAAGAAGAAGUUCUCCUCCAUCCCCACCAGGAGGAACGCCUGCUCCACUCCCAUCAACAGGUACUACACCAUCCCCAGGAGCUGGCAGCACCAGUGGGCAGACAUCAGCAACAGCGGCUUGUAGGCGAAUACAGGAACUGAUCAACUGGCUUUGGACUCGGACUUCGAUUAACUGGAUAUAGAUUUGGAUAUGGACUUGGCUGACACACGAUGAACUGGUUUUGGACUUUGGACUUCGAUGAUCUGGAUAUGGAUUGGAAUAUGGACUUGGUGGACACAUGAUCGACUGGCUUUGGACUCGGAUUUGGAUUAACUGGACAUGAAUGUGGAUAUGGACUUGACAAAUGAUGAACUGGUUUUGGACUUGGGACUUUGAUUAAUGGAUUUGAAUAUGGACUUGGCUGACACAUGAUGAAUGAUGAUAAUGAUGAUGAUGAUGAUGAUGAUGAUGAUGAUGAUGAUAAUGAUGAUGAUGAUGAUGAUGAUGAUGAUGACACAUGAUGAACUGGUUAUGGACUUUGAUUAACUGGAUAUGAUUUGGGAUUGGAUGAACUGGGUGUAGACUUUUGAAUUUUGAAUAUUUGCAUUUAAUAAAAAACAAACAA